GUUUAUUCUUUAUUGCAUCGAAGGCCGUGUGGCAAAGGAAGAGAAUAAACGGUCGAAGCUGUGGUCCCGUUCUUUCGGGUUCCGUUCCAACGACCCCGGUUUUUUUUGGGUGAUUUGGUCCGUCUCGAUCAUGACCGUCGCCAAGGGCUGCUCUGAUUGGCGGUCCAGGUUCGUGAGCAAACUGCCGAGGAGUUGGACUGCGACAAGGACUGUGACAGGGGACUGCACUGAAGUGGUGGUCCAUGCGUUGCGUAUCCGGAAACCUGAAAGUGGACAGUUUCGAUGAUUCCAGCUUUGCCUGUUCAUGUCUGUUCAUCCAUAUCGUCUGUUUGGCGUUUUUCCUCCGUUUUUUUUUGUUUUGUUUUGUUGUUUUUGGCUGCGUAUUUUUCGCCGAUGGUGGUGAUGCGGCCGCCCACCACACGUGCUCACCAUUCCAGCACUUGGCUUCUGGAAUUUGCACCUUCAGAGCCGGAUGCAACGAGUCGUGCUGCAGGGACGACAGAAGCAAAUGUGGAGAAGGCGGAUCCGAACCCUGCCGGUUCGGCGUGCUCGGCCAGGGUCCUUGCCAAGGGGGGCCCGAGCAUCUCAAGCCAUGUGGAGCGCACAUAUCCGUCAGCCGAAGCCAGCACCAAGACCAGUUUGGACAAGCUCAGACAAGUCGGUCGUGGCGGUUUUUGAAAAGAGCCGCGCCUUGCGGGCAGGCCGUGCUGCGCUUUCGCUUGGUAAUCUUCGUAAUCGAUGGAUCGAUCGCCAGAACGAGCAUGUCAGCGUCGCGCGAGGAACUUCGCGCUCAGUUGAUGAUGACGACCCGAUGUGAUAACAGAGCACGACAGACAAGGAGUCAGACACUCGGGCAUCGGCCUCAUCAGAACCAUCGCAGACGGUGGAGAGAGAAUGUUCAAGACCCCUUCAGCUUCUCCACCGCCAUCGCCGUGUGACGCAAAUUCGUACACAGCCGGUCGAACGACGUGUCAUGCCAUGCGCGCCGCCACCGCGGCCGACGGUGGAAAUAAACAAUCGAUAAAUUAUCGUGAUUAUCUCAAAGCGCGUGCAGCAGAUGGCUGCGUGCGCUGGUUUUCGAUGGAUUUCGGGGUCGGCUGGUGUCGAAGGAAAGAGCGAGGUUCGAUAGGUAGUUUGCUGG